AUGUGCGCUUGUGCGCAGGCGCGGGGCGUUUAAGUCUCCCCAGAGGUUACCCAGGCGUUCUCUUUUCCUGUUCCGACAUGGGUACACCACAAAAGGAUGUUGUUAUCAAGUCAGAUGCACCGAAUACUCUGUUGCUGGAGAAACAUGCAGAUUAUAUAGUGUCCUAUGGCUCAAAGAAAGAUGAUUAUGAGUACUGUAUGUCUGAAUACUUAAGAAUGAGUGGCAUCUAUUGGGGUCUGACAGUAAUGGAUCUCAUGGGACAACUACAUCGCAUGAACAGAGAAGAAAUACUGAAGUUUAUUAAGUCAUGUCAACAUGAAUGUGGUGGAAUAAGUGCUAGUAUUGGACAUGACCCACAUCUUUUGUAUACUCUUAGUGCUGUCCAGAUUCUUACUCUGUAUGAUAGCAUUAAUGCUAUUGAUGUAAAUAAAGUUGUGGAAUAUGUUCAGAGUCUACAGAAAGAUGAUGGCUCUUUUGCUGGAGACAUUUGGGGAGAGAUUGACACAAGAUUUUCUUUCUGUGCGGUGGCAACAUUGGCUUUAUUGGGGAAGCUGGAUGCUAUUAAUAUGGAAAAGGCAAUUGAAUUUGUUUUGUCAUGUAUGAACUUUGAUGGUGGAUUUGGUUGCAGACCAGGCUCUGAAUCUCAUGCUGGACAGAUCUAUUGUUGCACAGGAUUCCUUGCUAUUACUAGUCAGUUGCAUCAAGUAAACUCUGACUUACUUGGUUGGUGGCUUUGUGAACGGCAGUUGCCAUCAGGUGGACUCAAUGGAAGGCCAGAGAAGUUACCAGAUGUCUGCUACUCCUUGGGUGUUGGCUUCCCUAAAGAUCAUUGGAAGCUUCAUUGGAUUGACAGAGAGAAACUGCGUAGUUUCAUUUUAGCAUGUCAAGAUGAAGAAACGGGGGGAUUUUCAGACAGGCCAGGAGAUAUGGUAGAUCCUUUUCAUACAUUAUUUGGAAUUGCUGGACUAUCGCUCUUGGGAGACGAACAGAUUAAGUCCGUUAACCCUGUUUUCUGUAUGCCUGAAGAAGUUCUCCGGAGGGUGAAUGUUCAGCCUGAACUAGUGAGCUAGAGUCAUUAAUGGCGAAGAUCCUUAGUAUACUUUGGCCAUUUUAGCAUUUGUUAUUUGAGUGCUCAUCAAACUAAAAAUAAGUGUCAAAGUUGUUAAUAUUUUAUAUAUAUAUUUAAUUAUGUAAUUAUUGUAAAAUACAGAUCUUUUAUCCUAUAUUUAACUUUUGUUUGCUGAUAAGCACUGUUCUGAGUAGAAUUCACUUUAAGUUCUGCCAACAUUAAUCAUUAGAGAUUGAAUUUUUAUUUUGUAGUAUUUUCUUGUAUAUCUAAUCGUGAAAAAUUUUAAGAGUUUAAAAGCACUUUUGAAUGUCUGAUUACUUAAUGUGUUCCUUUCAUAUACUGCAUACACUGGUUUGUGUCAUGAAUGUUGCCUGUUAACAAUGACUCCAGUGAAUUAUUAAAAGUUGCACAUAAUUAAA